AUGAGCAGCAUCACCAAAGUGGCGUUGGCCGGGGCCACUGGCAACCUUGGCCCAGCUAUUCUCGAUGGACUCCUCAACGCUGGCUUCAAAGUCACAGUCCUUACUCGUAGUAGUAGCACUCACAGCUUUCCCCCCUCCGUCACUGCCAUCUCGGUGGACUACAACUCCCUCGACUCCCUCACCAACGCUCUCAAAGGCAUAGAAGCCGUCGUCUCUGCCCUUCCCUACACCGGUAACCCCGCUGAUGUCACCACGAAUCUUCGCUUGGUAGAGGCUGCGGCCAAAGCCCAUGUCAAGCGCUUCAUUCCCUCCGAGUUCGGUAGCGACACCCUUAAUGAGAAGGCCCGUACUCUUCCCGUCUUCGCGGGCAAAGUCGCGGUCCAGGACGCUCUCAAGAAAGAAGCAGCCACCGGCGGCAUGACCUACACCGUCGUAUGCACGGGCCCUUUCCUCGACUGGGGCAUCAUGGUCGGCUUCAUCAUGAACCUCAAAGGAAAGAGUAUCAGCCUAUGGGACGGCGGUGAUCGCGUCUUCAGCGCCACAUCCCUCCAAGCUAUCGGCAAGGCCACCGCCGGCGUUCUUAAGCAGCUCGAGCAAACUAAGAACCGUGCCGUGUACGUGCAUGAGACUGCCACGACGUUGAAGAAGCUGGCGACUAUGGGCAAGCAUGCCACUGGAGCAGAUGGAUGGCAGGAGAACGUUGUGUCUAUGGAUGAGCAGCUCGAGAUGGCCUGGGCAGAGCUGAAGAAGGAUCAGCCAAAUCCGGAUAAUUUUGCAUACAACUUCAUCAAGGCGUCCAUCUGGGGUGAGGGGUUUGGAGGUCAUUUUGAACGCCUGGACAAUAAGUUGUUGGGUAUCAAGGAGAUGGGCGAUGCUGAACUGCAGGACCUGGUGAAUAGUCUAGCAACAAAGUAG